UGCUUCCACUGGGCGGUGGACAACAACUGCUUCCAUGCCCGAGUGGCCUCCAUCCCCCACGCCUUUAAUGCAGCAGCAGAGGACAUGGGGAAGGCACAUGUGGAUGCUGAAGUGGUCACAGCAAUGUGGAACCAGAUAACUCCUGGGUUGCUGCAGCACUUCGGCCCUCACAACUCCCUGCCAGCCAUCUGCCCCCGCCCACUGCUCAUUCUGAACGGGGAGAGCGACCCAAGGUGUCCCAUUGAGGGGCUGAGAGGGGCGGUGCAGCGAGCAGAGGAGGCGUACAGCAGGACAGGGGUGGCACAGCACUUCGAGAAGCUGUCAAGGGAUUUCGAGCAGAUUUCAAGACUUAAGAAGAUGAAGGCGCUUGACGCACAGGGCGUGAUUCUUCACAGCCUUCGCACUAAAGUCGUCGAGUUCCAGACCAAGUACCCUUCGGUGAGGGAAAAGUCGGCAGCUUCGAUUGCUGCUAUUCAUCUCGAGAACCAGAAGCGGAUCCAAACGGACGUCAUUAAGACCAAGGAAUUGGAGGUUGAAGAGGCGCUGGCGGUUUCCGAUUCACACCUCACGGCUCUGGCGGCUAGGCUUGAGGAUCACAUCAAACGCCUCUCGUCUGAUCCUGAUUUGACGAUUUCUGAUGUCGCCAAAGAGAAAUUCAGGAAAAUCAAGGUUCAGUGCAUCGAGAGGGCCAGAUGCGAUAUUGCCACCGCCAAGGACGACAUCAAAGUUCAGGAGCUGUUGAGGCAGAAAUCCCGUGAAGCCGAGGAGUUGAAGAAAUCUGCUGCUGCUGAGGAGAUGGUCGGCAUGGAACCUAAGUUGACUAUCGACGAGAUCGUACAGAAGCAGGUACAGAAGGCGAAGGUCGAUAUCCGCAAGGAAUUGAAGGCGGAAUUUGACGCUGCCCUAUCUGCCAAGCUGAAGUCGCUCGAGUUGGACAAGCAGGAUGUGAAGUCAACCCCCGCUGCUGCUAAUCCGAAGCCUAACAAGGCCAAGAAGAAGCGCGGCGGUAAGAAAAAGAAAGCCGAUGUCCCGGCGGACAGCAAAGGGAAGGGCCGUGAAGCUUCACCAGCGCCAUCCUCGAAGAAGGCCUGGGUUCCAAAAAACGGCGGAGGCGGCCUCGCAAAAGGGCCGCCAAAGAAGAAGUAA